GGCCCAUCGGAUCCGACGAUGAAGUAGAAGAAUGGCACGCGGGCAUCGAUGCUGGCGGAGGGGAUGGUGCCGCUACAGGCGACGAGAACGCCUGCGGGGUGGGCGACGAUGCGGCCGACGAGAACGCAUGCGGGGUGGGCGAUGAUGCGGCCGACAAGAACGCGUACUGGGAGGGUGACGAUGCGGGCGAGUAUCCGAGCGGUGAGGAAGGCAACGAUGUGGACUACGACGAGGCUGACGAUGCUGCCGACGACACGGGCGACGAAUCGGGUGACGCUGCUGACGACGACGAUGACUUCGAUGCAGUAGCGGCGUCGGCGGGGCGAUGUCGUGGCGGGGCAAAGCUGCGGAGCUCGAAGCGGAUGGCUGACAAGAUGGAACGCGUCGAGUGCGAUGCCACUAACGACAACUCGACCGAU